AUGACUGCCUCAUCUGUGACCCCCGAGCCCAUCGCCAUCAUUGGCAGCGGCUGUCGGUUCCCCGGCGAAGCCAGCAGCCCAUCCCGUCUCUGGGACCUGCUGCAAGCCCCCAGAGAUUGUCUCACAGAGAUCCCCAAGGACCGCUUCAAUUGGGAGGGCUACCGCUAUCCUGAUGGCCCCCGGCAUGGCAGCAGCACCACCAAGUACACUCACUUCAUCAAAGAGGAUAUUCGCCGAUUUGACCCGCACUUCUUCAACAUCCAACCCGCUGAGGCUGAUGCCAUUGACCCGCAGCAGCGUCUGCUGCUCGAGACCGUCUACGAGGGAAUCGAAUCUGCCGGCCUGACCAUUGAGGGUCUGCAAGGGUCCCCAACUGCAGUCUAUGUAGGCAUGAUGGGCUGUGACUAUGCCGAUGUGAUACAGGGAGAUGUUGAUUGCACGCCUACCUAUGCUGGUACCGGUACAUCCCGCAGUAUCCAUUCCAACCGUAUCUCAUACUUCUUUGACUGGCAUGGUCCCUCCAUGACUAUUGAUACGGCCUGCUCGUCGAGUAUGAUGGCUAUCCAUCUGGCCAUGCAAUCGCUGCGCAGUGGCGAAUCCAAGGUCGCUCUGACUGCCCAAGACAACUAUGUCGUGUUGAGCAACCUAAACAUGAUUGCCGCCGACGGACGCGCAAAGAUGUGGGAUGCGGAUGCCAACGGCUACGCCCGCGGUGAAGGUGUCGCCGCCGUUAUCCUCAAGCCCCUGAGCGCCGCCAUUGCCGAUGGGGACCAUAUCGAGUGCGUGAUUCGUGAAACCGGCAUCAACCAGGAUGGUCGGACCCGUGGUAUCACCAUGCCGAGCAGUACCGCACAGGCAGACCUCAUCCGCCAGACCUAUGCUCGUGCGGGAUUGGAUCUCUCCCGCAGAGAAGAUCGUCCUCAGUAUUUUGAGGCCCACGGAACAGGCACCAUGGGUCUGACCCCCGAGGAUGAUAUCUACAUCGGCUCCAUCAAAACGGUUAUUGGCCACACUGAAGGUGCCGCGGGUAUUGCCGGUGUAUUGAAAGCCUCGCUGGCUCUACAGAAUGCACAGGUUCCGCCCAACUUACUGUUUAAUCGUCUCAGUCCAGCUGUCGCUCCUUUCGCCAAGCAUCUUCGUCUUCCCACGACGUUGAAGCCAUGGCCUGCUCUGCCCCAGGGUGCUCCACGACGAGCAAGUGUGAAUAGUUUCGGCUUCGGUGGUAGCAACGGCCAUGCUAUUCUGGAAAGCUACGAGCCACCCAAAGCAUCGGUGACCGAUGGAGCCAGUGCCCUGAUCGCCACUCCAUUCGUGUUCUCGGCUCAGUCCGAACGAACCUUGGUAGCCAUGCUGGAGCGCUUUGCGGACUACCUGCAGGGUGACUCCACCCCCAGCCUUCGCGAUGUCGCAUGGACCUUGCAUACCAAGCGGUCGACAUUCGGGGUGCGGUCCGCCAUCACCGCCGCGAAUACGGACGAGUUGAUCUCCAAGGUGCAGGCCAAAUUGAAGGCGGCAGGAGAAACCCCCGUCGGUGUGAAGUCGACUUCCAAGCGUGGAGAUCGUAUCCUGGGCAUCUUCACCGGCCAGGGUGCACAAUGGGCCACCAUGGGACGAGAGCUUCUCCGGAGCUCCUCUACAGUGCGCAAGAUCAUCAGCACUCUCGACAAGUCGUUGGCCCAGCUCCCACCCAGCGACCGACCUCCUUGUUCCAUCGAGCAGGAGAUGAUGAACGACGACAAUGGCCGCAUCGGCCAGGCAUCCGUCUCACAGCUCCUGUGCACGGCGGUGCAGAUUGUCUUGGUGGAUAUGCUGGAGAGUGCCGGCGUGCGUUUCAGGGCUGUCGUGGGUCAUUCGUCUGGCGAGAUUGGCGCGGCGUAUGCGGCCAAGUUCAUCACCGCCACGGACGCCAUUCGCAUUGCCUACUACCGCGGUCUCUAUGCGAAGUUGGCCGGUGGAAAGGAGGGACAGUCCGGAGCAAUGAUGGCGGCCGGGACCUCGCUGGACGACGCUCGAGAACUCUGUGCGCUUCCCGAAUUCGAGGGUCGUAUCAGCGUGGCGGCCUUCAACUCCUCGGCCAGUGUGACGCUUUCCGGUGACAAGGACACCAUCGAACAGGCCCAGCUGGUCUUUACGGAGGAGAAAAAGUUCGCCCGCGUGCUGAGGGUAGAUACUGCGUACCACUCGCAUCAUAUGCAGCGCUGUGCCGAGCCCUAUGUCGCGGCGUUGAAGGCCUGCCAGAUCGUACCCCAGACGCCUCCCGCUGAUGCCCCCGUGUGGUUCUCUAGCGUGCGCAAUGGAGAGCAGAUCGUGGGCAGCCCGGCUGACCUCGCUGCGCAGUAUUGGGAAUCCAACAUGACCCAGCCGGUCCUGUUUGCCACGGCCCUGGAAGCCGCCCUCACCCACAGCGGACCCUUCGAUCUGGCCAUCGAGGUCGGACCCCAUCCGGCUCUGCAGGCCCCGGCCACCCAGACCAUGCAGGAUGUCUCCCAGGGCAAAACUCCGUACACCGGCGUGCUGUCCCGCGGCAAGAACGAUGUGACCACCUUUGCGGAGGCAUUGGGCGUGGCCUGGACGCAUUGUGACCGAGCCACCGUCGACUUUGCUGCCUAUGAUCGACGAUUCUUCCCCGACGGCAGCCCCGUAUCCUUUGUGAAGACCCUGCCGGCGUAUCCCUGGGACCACGAACGCUCCUACUGGUACGAGUCUCGUACGGAAAAGAGCCAGCGACUUCGGUCUGGCCCUGUCCACAACUUGCUGGGUGUCCCCUACGGCGACAUCACCGACACGGAGGUCAAGUGGCGCAACUUCCUGAUCCCGAACGAGAUCCCCUGGCUCAAAGGCCAUCAGCUGCAAGGCCAGGCGGUCUUCCCUGCCGCGGCUUACGCGGCCAUGGCCUGGGAAGCAGCCUUGUUGCAGGUCGGCGAGCAUCAACCCGUCCGAGUUGUCGAAGUCACCGAUCUCACCAUCCAUCGGUCCAUCUCCUUCCCGGAUGAUGCCAGUAGCGUUGAAACGGUCCUCACUUUGGCCAACAUCACCCGCCGAGAGGGAGAUAGCUUCUCAGCGCAGUUCACCGUGCAGACCCCCCCGAACAAGGACUCGGAGAAGCUCGUCCUGGUGGGCAGCGGAAGUAUCUCGCUGCUCCUGGGGGCCCCGACGGCGGGCACGAUGCCUCCGCGCGCCGAGUCGUUGCCCAACAUGGUGGAUAUCGACCCGGAUGACUUCUACGGCUCGCUUUCGCAGCUCGGCUACGGAUACACGGGGUCGUUCCGUGCGAUGACUUCGUUGCAGCGCAAGAUGAACCAUUCCACGGGUACAUUUGAGAUCCCGACGGACGAAAAACUGCUGGUUCAUCCGGCUCUCCUGGACAUCGCCUUCCAGGCCCUGUUUGCCGCAUUGAGCUAUCCCGGGGAUGGCGCACUGUGGAGUCUGCACGUUCCCACAUCCAUUCGACGCAUCCGAGUCAACCCCUUCCAUUGCGUAUCCGAGGAUGACAUGCCUCUCGAGCUCUCUUUUGAUGCCACCCUGGUUGAAACCGUCACAGCGAACGAGACCCUGGGUGAUGUGGUGAUCCUUGCCCCAGACGGGCAGCAGGCCAUGUUGCAGGUCGAGGGUGUCUCAUCGGUGCCUUUCACCAAAGCGACCCAGGCAGAUGACCGGAACAUCUUCUCCGAGAUGGUGUGGAAGCGGGCGGAAGCGGAUGGAGCAUCCGUUCUGGCAGACCAUCGCGCAACUCCGGAGGAAAUUGAGCGCGCCUAUGCUUGUGAACGCGUGGCGCACUUCUACCUCAAGCAGCUUCAUUACCAGAUCUCUGCCGAGGAGGCGCGGUCCGCGGCUCCCCAUCAUCAGCGUCUGCUGGAUUUUGCUGCGCAUCUCGUUGCGGAAGUGGCUGGGGGGAAACGGUCUUAUACGGAGACCGCAUGGGUCAAGGAUACCGAGGAAGACAUUCACAAGCUCUUUGCGCAAUACCCUGAUGACAUCGAUCUCCGCAUUAUGCGGUCCGUCGGGGAGUCCUAUCCCUCGGUGGUCCGAGGCCACUCGAACCCGCUGGAGCAUCUGACCAAGGAUAACAUGUUGAACGACUUUUAUACUGAUGGAUUGGGCUUCCAUGUGGCCAACACAUGGGCGGCUGGCGUCAUCAAGCAGAUCUCGCACCGCUAUCCCCAUUUGAAUAUCAUGGAGAUUGGCGCCGGUACUGGAGGUGCCACCAGGACCGUCUUGGACCAGCUCGGCUCUGCCUUCCGGUCGUAUACCUACACCGACAUCUCCACGGCCUUCUUCGAGAAGGCGCAGGAGAAGUUUGCCGAUCUGUCCCACAAAAUGGUGUUUAAGGCCUUUGAUAUGGAGAAAGACGUCCAGAGCCAAGGCAUGGAACCUCACUCCUUCGACCUCAUCUUUGCAUCCAAUGUCAUCCACGCCACCAAGCGGAUUGAGGACGUGCUGCCUCAGGUGCGAGCCCUAUUGAAGCCCGGCGGCUACUUGGUGCUCCUGGAGAUCACGGACCAAAGACCCAGUCGCAUGGGCUUCAUCAUGGGUGGACUGUCCGGUUGGUGGCAAGGUGAGGAGCCGAGCCGUCGCUGGGCGCCUACCAUGCGGCCUGCGCAAUGGAACUCGGUGCUCCAGAAGACGGGAUUCUCGGGUCUGGAUACCAUCGUGAUGCCAGCAGACACUCUGCCAUAUCCCUUUUCGGUCGGUGUCGCGCAAGCCCUAGACGAUCGUGUCGACUUCCUCCGCCAACCGCUGUACUCCCAGGCCACCGAUGCCGAGCAUAUGGGCGAGCUAUUAAUCAUCGGUGGUCAGACGCUGGAAAGUUCCCGGUUGACAAAUGAUAUCAGCAAGGUGCUGGGUCGGCGGUUUGCAAGCACGACCAUCCUGGAGAGCCUGGCCGAGGUCACCCCGGACACGGUCAUCCCGCCCACAGUGCUGGUCCUGGUGGAGAUGGACGAGCCAAUCUUCCUCGACAUGACGGCCGACAAGCUGCAGACCCUCAAGGGCCUGUUUAAGAACGCCCGCAAUCUGCUGUGGAUUACACGGGGCUGUCAGAGUGCGAACCCGUACGCCAACAUGACCGUUGGUCUUGGUCGAUCCUUGAGCUGUGAGCUGCACGAGAUGCGACUGCAGUUCCUCGACAGCGAUCAGGAGGGUGUCGUCGAUGCCAACCUCGUCGGUAGCAUGCUUCUGCGCCUCCGCGCGACGGAUCUCUGGACUGCGCAGGACCCUAUGUCUGGGGAAAUGCUAUGGUCGACCGAGCCUGAAUGGCGAGUGACCAAGGACCAGGCGUUGCUCAUCCCACGUAUGUAUGAGCAUGAGGCCCAGAACAAUCGCUACAACUCCCGCAGACGGCAGAUCCGGCAGGACAUGGCUCUGGAGACGGCACAGGUGUCGAUUUCUGCGGCUGAGCCUUCGGGCUUCCGCCUCGCUGCGGAUGCUCGUUCGUCUACGCCAGGGCUGGUCUCCAUCCGUGUCUCUUGUUCCAUUCUGUCGUCCGUCAACGUGGCCGGUGCGGGAUACUUCUUCGUCUCUUUGGGAGUGGUCCAAGAGACCGGUCAGAUCGUCAUUGCUCUGUCGGAUUCGAAUGCUUCAUUUAUUGAAGUCCCCAAGGAGCACACUGUCUCGGUCACCGUGCAACCCGACCGAGAUCAGAGUCUUCUUCAGCGUGUUGGCUGGGAAUUACUUGCUCAGCUCGCCAUUUCUGCCACUCCAUCCCAAAAGGGAAUCUUGACUCGUGGCGUUGAGCCUGCAUGCUUCGCUAUCCUGUCCCGGCGGGCUGCUGAGCAGGGACGACGAGCAUAUCAGGUUACCGAUGACCCUGCUGCCGCGGGCCCGGAUUCAGUAUUCGUUCACCCUCUCGCCUUCGAGAGCGCCGUGAGGACCAUCCUCCCUGCGGGAGUGUCCAGUUUCUUGGAUCUGUCCAGAGAUGUUGCCCAGGAUGCUAUUCAUCGUCGCGUGGUGGCCACUCUUCCUCCUUUCAGUCAAGUCCUCACGCUGGCGUCUGUCUCCUCCCGCAUUGCUUCCGGGUCCAGUCUGACCGGCAAUACUGCUGGGCAAGAUCUCCUGAAGAAGGCCUGCUCCUACGCACAGGAAGCAGAUGCGGUGGCUCUCGACAAUACAGUAACCGCCGUUGCCGUGAAACAUGUGCCUCAGUUGGCCGCGGCGGAGCCCGCUUUCCAGAUUGUUGACUGGCUGGCGGAUGCUUCUGUUCCUGUGGAUGUCGAGCCUAUUGAACGCCUCGUCUCCUUCUCCCCCGAUAAGACAUACUUCCUGAUCGUAUUGACUGCUGACCUCGGACAGUCCCUGUGCGAGUGGUUUGUCCGCCUGGGGGCAAAGCACAUUGCUCUCACCAGCCGGAACCCUAAGAUCGAUCCGAAAUGGCUGAAGAGGCUGGCGGAUAUGGGAGCCAACCUCAAGAUUUAUUCCAUGGAUAUCACGGACAAGAACUCCUUGCAAUCCGUCUACGAGAACAUCUGCGAGACCAUGCCCCCCAUUGCCGGUGUGGCCAACGCUGCCAUGGUGCUUCAGGACAUCAUGUUCUCCAACAUGGAAAUCCACAAUAUGCUGCCCGUGCUGCGCCCCAAGGUCGAGGGCAGUAAGUACCUCGACGAGCUGUUCUCCCACCAGCCCCUCGACUUCUUCAUCCUUUUCUCCUCGCUCGGCUUGAUCGUCGGCAACAGUGGCCAGAGCAGCUACACGGCCGCCAACGGAUUCAUGGCUGCCCUGGCCGCCCAGCGCCGAGCAAGAGGUCUGGCUGCAUCAGUGAUGGACAUUGGCGCUAUCAUCGGUGCCGGGUACAUCACUCGUGCUGGCCAGAUCAAGCCCGGCGAUCUGCACGCGUACGGAGCGUACCCGCUGUCGACCUCGGACUUCCAGCAGAUGUUUGGGGAAGCAGUCCUGGCCAGUCCGCCCGACUCGGGCUGCAAUCCGGAAAUCGUCACUGGGUUGCGCAUGAUUGACCCCGUGGUCGAUGAUCGAGUCUCCUGGCGUGCGAACCCGAAGUUCUCUCACUUCUGGCGCUCCGAGCAGGACUAUGCCAGAGCGGAUUCUGGGUCCAAGCGAUCGGUGGCGCCGGUCAAGGUGCAACUUCUUGCAGCUACCAGCAAGGACCAGGCCAGGCAGAUCAUUCAAGAAUGUUUCUCGAACCGUCUCAUCGUUCUGCUGCAACUGCCUGCCGAGGAUAUGGAUGAGCACGCACCCCUCGUUGAACUGGGUGUAGACUCCCUUGUCGCUGUUGAGGCCCGCUCCUGGUUCACCAAGCAACUGGCGGUGGAUAUCCCCGUGCUACGCAUCUUGGGUGGUGCUUCAGUGGUAGAAUUGGUCGCCGAUGGCUUGGAGAAGCUGGCUCCCGAGUUGAUCCCCAACGUACAGACCAGCAGUGACGAGGAGGCGAAGGUCGAUGCACAAUCUGACACCAACACACCCUCUGAGGAUGACCUGGCUGCCUCCGUCCCCAGUAUCGUCCUGGAUACCCCGGAGAGCGCGAGCGUCACGCAAGAAACCGCUGCCAGCUCGGAGCCCGAGUACGAUGACUGCAGGGUCGAGAGCGAGAGCGAGGAGUUUGAGCCGGUCGUGAUGCGAUCCGAUUCAAUGUCCUAUGCCCAGGCUCGAUUCUGGUUCCUGCGACACUCGGUUGACGACCCAACCGCCUUCAACAUCACCUUUUCUCACAGUCUGACUGGAGAUGCCCACCCGGCCGAGUUGGCCAAGGCGGUCGAAGUCGCUGCGCAGCUGCAUGAGGGUCUCCGGACCUGCUUCUUCGAGCAGGAUAAUCGUCCUAUGCAGGGCAUCUUGGAGACUUCUCCCUUGCGCUUGGAGCGCCGUAAGAUCACUCGUGCCGAGGAGGCAACGACCGCGUACCAGCAGCUCGACAAGCAUGUGUACGAUCUCGAAUCGGGCCGGACGAUGCGCAUUCUGCUCCUGGAGCAGUCUCCCCGGUUGAGUUACCUGAUUGUCGGCUAUCACCAUAUCGCCAUGGACGGCGCUGGCUUCACCGGAUUCCUGCAGGAGCUCAUGCGGAUCGGCGGCGGCGAGAAGAUGCCCACGCCGAUCCAGUAUCCCGAAUACUCGCGCCAGCUCCGCGAGGACGUGGAAACCGGCAAGAUGAAGAGCGAGGUGGCUUACUGGCGCAGACAAUUCGCCACCAUCCCACCUGUUUUGCCUUUGCUGCCCUUCGCGAAGGCAAAGGUCCGCGCGCCGCUGCGCACGUAUAGCUUCAGCACGACCAGCAUCCGGAUUGAGCCCGUCCUGGUGGCGCGUAUCAAGCGCCGGUGCCGGAACUUCCAGGCCACGGCCUUCCACUUCUACCUGGCUGUGUUCAAGACCAUGCUCUUCCGCUUCCUGGAUGUCGAUGAGCUGGCCAUCGGUAUUGCGGACUCCAACCGCGCUGAUGCCGAGUUGCACCGCACCAUGGGCAUCCUCGUCAACCUGCUCCCCCUGCGCUUCAAAUCGAAACUCUCGACCACGUUCGGAGAGGCCGUCAAGGAGGCCCGCAAGUCCGCGUACGGAGCCCUCGAGCACUCCCGCCUGCCGUUCAAUGUUGUUUUGGACAACUUGCAGGUCGAGCGAUCAUCGACCCAUUUCCCCCUGUUCCAGGUCUUCAUGGACUACCGCCCGGGCAUCCAGGAGCGGUUGACGCUCGGUGAUGUCGAGGUGCAGCGGCUGGAUUGGUCAUAUGGUAAGAAUGCUUAUGAUAUUAACCUGGAUAUCAUGGAGAAUGCGGGUGGCAGUUCGUUCAUCACGAUCAAUGCUCAGGAGUACCUCUAUGGCCAAGCCGAGGUGGAGACGAUGCUAAAGGUUUACGUCAAUCUCCUGGAAGCUUUCUCAAGUAACCCUGCCCUCCGGUUGAAUGAGCCGGGGCUCUUUAACGAGUCGGAGGUUCAGGCUGCUGCGGAAUUGGGGCGAGGCCCCUAUCUCGCCUCGGAGUGGCCCGCCACCUUGUCUGAGCGUGUGGAGGAUAUUGCUCGUACUCGUGGCAGCCAAUUGGCCCUCAAGGACGGCGAGGGUAGCCGUUUCACUUACCAGGAUAUGAUGGCCGAGGUCAACAAGAUCGCCACGGCCCUUCUUGAGGCUGGGGUGAGCGAUGGAGAUCGGGUAGCCGUGUUCCAGCAACCCACUGCAGCCACCAUUUGCUCGCUGCUUGCCAUCCUGCGUCUUGGAGCUGUCUACGUCCCACUGGAUCUGCGCAGUCCCAUGCCUCGUCUGGCGGCUAUUCUGAAAGACUGCCAGCCCAAGGUCAUUCUGACCCACAAGGCCACGGCCAAAUAUGCCACUCCGUUGGCAUCCGAGACGACCAAGUUGAUCAACGUCACCACGCUUGCCGCUCUGCCCGACACGGCCUCCAUGGUCCCCAACCGCGCCGUGCCCAAUGCCACCGCUGUCAUCCUGUACACCAGUGGAUCGACCGGAACCCCCAAGGGCGUGCUGCUUCCCCAUAGCGCGAUCCGCAACGUGAUCGAGGUCACCACGAAGCAGUUCUCCAUCGGGGCCGAAACCGUGCUCCAGCAGAGUGCCCUGACCUUUGACCUGUCACUGCACCAAAUCUUCACCGCACUAGCGAACGGUGGCACGCUGUGCAUCAUCAGCCAGCCCAAGCGCGGAGACGCCGUCCAGAUCACCCAAACUAUUCAGGAAGAGAGCAUCACUUACACCCUGGCCACCCCGUCCGAGUACUCGUACUGGAUCCGCUUCGGUGCCGACCAUCUGACCGCUGCAGCUAACUGGAAGUACGGCUUCAGUCUAGGGGAGGAGCUGAAGCCCAGUCUGAAGGAAGAAUUCCGAACCCUUCAGAAACCAGGCCUUCGUCUGAUCAACACCUACGGCCCGGCCGAGAUCACUGUCAUGUCGCAUGCCAUCGAGAUCCCCUAUGGCGAGGAAGCUGCCGACGAGAUCAUCCCCGCUGGACGCUCGCUCCCGAACUACUCGCUCUAUGUGGUCGACCGGGCCAUGAAGCCGCUACCCGUGGGAAUGCCGGGUGAAAUUUGCAUCGGUGGCGCGGGCGUCAGUCAGGGCUACCUCGGGCUGGAUGCCAUGACCCAGGAUCGAUUCUCGGCCGAUGCCUUUGCGCCCCAGGCCUGGACCAGUCAGGGCUGGACCCGGAUGUAUCGCACCGGAGACAAGGGCCGCCUGCGUCCCGACGGGGCUCUCCUCUUUGAAGGACGCAUGGAUGGCAACACCCAGAUCAAGCUGCGCGGUCUCCGCAUUGAGCUCGGCGAGAUCGAACAUGCCAUCUGGCGUGCCAGCGCCUCAGCCCUGGACGAGGUGAUUGUCUCCGUGCGCGGCGACCCCGAGUUCCUCGUGGCGCAUGUCGUCUUCUCCCGCGAUUGCACCAUCCCCAACCGCGACGUCUAUCUCCAACAACUCCUGGACAACCUGCCCCUUCCCCAAUACAUGGUCCCGGCGAUGAUGAUCCCGCUGGACCGCAUGCCGCUGACCAGCCAUAACAAGAUCGAUCGCAAAGCUAUCAGCGCCAUUCCACUCCCCAAGGGCGAAUCCGAUGCCACGGACAGUGCCAAAGAUCUGACUCCCCUGGAGACCGAGCUCCUCCGCAUCUGGGAAGUGGUGCUCUCCCGGGACUUGAUGCAUUCCGCGCCUGUCGGCCCUAACCUGGACUUCUUCCAAGUGGGCGGUAACUCCCUACUUCUCAUCCCCUUGCAGUAUCUGAUCCGAGAGACCUUCAACGCGGUUCUGGCCAUGAUCGACUUCGCCGAGGCGCACACCGUCCGCAAGAUGGCCGCCCGCAUCGAGUCCACUGCCUCCGAGGUGUUGCUCGACUGGGCCGCCGAAACCGCCGUGCCCCCGAACCUCCCUCUCCCUGCGCUUCCCUCCACUGAGCCCCUUCCCCCCAGACGAACAGGCAAAGACCUCCGAGUCAUCUACACCGGCGCCACCGGCCACUCGGGCAAAUACGUCCUCGAGAAGCUGGUGGCCGACGACCGCAUCUCCAAGAUCUACCUCGUCGCCGUCCGCCUCAACGAAGAAGACGGCCCCGGGCCCCGCAAACUCGCCAUCGAAUCCGACAAAAUCGUGCAAUUCCCCGGAAACCUGCUGGACGAACGUCUCGGUCUGACCCCCGAGCAAUUCACCUUCCUCGCCACGGAAGCCGACGUGAUCCUCCACAGCGCGGCCAACCGCUCCCUCUGGGAUAACUACCAAGUCCUCCGCCGACCCAACGUCCUCGCCACCCAAGUCCUGGUCAGCCUGGCCGCUCCGCGCCAAAUCCCUAUCCACUUCAUGUCCUCGGCCGCCAUCCACCUCUUCUCGGGCCACACCGAAGACAGCUACCCGGAGACUACCGCCACCGGCACCCCGCCCACCGACGGAACAGAAGGCUACCUCGCGUCUAAAUGGGCCGUCGAGAAACUCCUCGAAAACGCCUCCCAUGCCUUCUCCAUCCCGGUGUACUUCCACCGCCCCGCCCCCGUCGGGCCCGUGCAAACCAUCUCCACGACGACCGUCUUCGCCGAGUUCCUGCGCGUCGUCCGCACGUUACGCCUACACGUCACCCGGGAAAGCAUCAAAGGGCACAUCGACCUGAUCGUCCUGGAAGAUCUAGCGCGCAAACUCCGGGAUCAUCUCAUUACCAGUACCAUGGAGGAAGGAGUGACGGUGCGGUAUCAUCAUCAUCACUCGGAUGUAAGGGUGCAGAUGGGCGAGUGGAAGGCGUAUAUGGAUGAAUAUAAUACGGGCUUGACGCUGGAUAUGGUGGAGACGGAACAUGCGGUGGAGUGGGUGGGGAGGGCGAAGAAGGUCGGGUUUCCGUAUAUGUUGGCCGCGCAGAAUUUUGAUAUGGCGGGCGUGAUGAGUGAGUUGCCGAUUGUGCAGAGGAGAUGAGCUGUGGAUGGGAGUGUAGCUUAG